GAAAUUUGUAAUUUUUAAAGUUAGAUUACUAAAAAUAAUUAAAAUAUGGAUCAUCAAAGAAAUUUUUAAGUAUUGUUAGGCCGUUACGUUUCGACCGCAAAUUGCGCGUUAAUUGAGGAAGCUGAUAAUAAAUUAGAUAAGAAGCUAGAAGACUGAUAGGAAGAUUAUUGGUUUAACGACAUUGUUGAUCUCGGGCAGCAAACAACUGACUCGGAAAUUUCUCUGUGUACUUUUCAGCAUAAUAAAAAUUAUUAUUUUAAAAAUUAUUAAUUUAUAAGUUCUUCCAAAUAUUUAUUGUAUGAAUGUAGGAUUGUUACCCAAAUCUGAGAAAGAUUAAUGACAGUGACUUGGAAAUAAGAAGAAGGAGACUUAGCAGAAAAAUCGGAGAAUCCGUCGGUGGAAAGGAGAACUCCCUCCAUGUCUUUCUACAUCAAAGUUUUCAUUCGGAGAUUCAAUCGCGCUUGUGAAGUUGCAUUACAUCGAAACUACAUCAGUUGGAAAAGAAAUAAGCGGCAAAAAUGUCCGAACAACCUCCGGAGUAUGAACUUCUGUCAGAAGAAAAAGCAAAAGAAAUGCUGAAACUGUUUAAGGGCGAGAGAACUGGUUUUGUGCUUGUUGGAAAGAAGAAAUAUUUUUUUCCGUAUAGAUAUAUAGAACAAAGUCAGGGUUUUUAUAAUUUUAUAAAAAACGCAAGAAAAGAUGAUACAUGGGUUUUAAGCUACCCUAGAUCAGGCACCACUAUGACACAGGAGCUGGUCUGGCUGUUGGCUAACAAUUUGGACUUUGAUGUAGCGAGAAAGCGUCUGCUUAGCGAGAGAUUUCCCUUCCUUGAAUUCAGUUUAUUUAAUCAUCCUGAAGUAACUCGUGAAUUUUUGGCAAUGAAUAAGGAUGAUGAGAUGAAACAGCAGCUAUGCCAGGAUAUAGCAAAGCCCGGUUAUGAAGUAAUUGAUGGGAUACCGUCGCCUAGAUUUAUAAAGAGUCAUUUUCCUUUUAGUAUGCUGCCUGGACUUUUAGAUGUUGGUUGUAAGGUUGUUUAUGUUGCCCGCAAUCCGAAAGAUGUUGCAACUUCUUUCUACCAUCUCAAUAGAUCAAUAAAGACGCAAGGCUAUAUCGGUGAUUUCACAACCUUUUGGAAUUAUUUUGAAAAUAAUUUGAUACCUUGGGCUCCAUACUGGGAACAUUUAAAAGAGGCUUGGAAUCUGAGAAAUUCAAAAAAUCUUCUGUUUAUGUUUUACGAGGAAAUAACACAUGAUUUACCGGCAGCAAUUAAAAAGAUAGCAAAAUUUUUAGAGAAAGAAUACACUGACGAAGAAAUCCUUAAGGUUGCAGAUUAUCUUGAUAUAAACAAUUUUAAGAACAAUCCUAUGGUUAAUUUUUCUGAAUUAAGAGCUUGUAAAAUUAUGGAAGACAAAACUUUUGUAAGGAAAGGAAUAAACGGCGACUGGAAGAACAUUUUCACUGUAAACUUGAAUGCUAAAGCAGAUAAAUGGAUUGAAGAAAAUCUCAGAGAUACCGAUCUGCGUUUCCCGUUUUACAACAACAUAAACAACAACAAUUGAAGAGUUGUCAAAAAAUCGAAAAGUUUUUAAUAUCCAAUAAAGUUUAAUAAAUUUAUUAAACUUUAUUGGAUAUUAAAACGUAUUUACUGUACACGUUUUUAAGUUGUACGUAUUUAAGAGGAACAUAAUCGAAUCAAUUGUAUAAAGAGCUUGUAAAAGAAUGCUAUAUUGUUUAAAAUAAAAUAAUUCUCAAUUCCUAUUUUUAA